AUGAAAGAAAUUUUUAAACAUAGCAGUUAUGUUACAACUCUAAAUUUCUUUUUGAUUAAUUCAAAAUUUAUAUCUGGUUCAAGUAAUUCUAAAAUAAUUAUAUGGUCAUCACAAAUAUAUCUAACUCUAAGUUUAUUUUUAAAUUAAGUGGACAUUCUGCAUAGAUUAAUUUUUUACUUCUACACCCAAUUUUCCAAGAUUUAAUUAUAAGUGGUUUAAUGGACAAUUCAAUAAGAUUUUGAUCUGUUUAUAAACAAUUAAAGUGUAUACAUAACCAAUUUGGGCUUUAUCAAUUAAUUAAAAAGGAAGUAAAUUGAUUUCUUGUAGUUAAGAUAAGUAAAUUUUAGUCAUUGA